CGCAUCAUCAUCACACCGGCACGCCGCCGCAGCAUGGGUGAAGAAGACAUGGCCGAGGUGCUUGCGCUUCUGCAAGACGAUGCGGCGACGAUCGAAUCGAUGGCAGCCUUCCUCUCGCGCACGACUGACUUUGCGUCGCCCGAGGUCUCGUCAGAUGACAGCGCGACGCGCGAGACGCGCCAAAUGAAGCGCCGCCUCGCCGGCAACCCAAAGGAAGAGAUCGAGUACCUCCAGUCCAAACACCGGUACCUCACGCGACAGCUACACACGCUCCAAGAGCGACAAGCGCUCGUUCCGAGCGACGAUCCGUGGAAAGGCCGGGCGUUGGAGCAAGCCCGCGCAGCGCAGCGGUCGCGGCAAGAAAACCUGCGGCUCAAGGCAAUGCUGGAAGAUCAGCUCAAGGUGCUCGAAGCGCUCCAGCGUGUCAUUGCCAAGAAGCCUCGGCUCUCGACGUUUCCGACCAUGGCCGAUGCGCAAUGGAAGCACGGCGUCCUCGACGUCGCCGAGCGCGAAGCCAGCCUCGAAGCCCUCAUGCAGCACCAGCUCGAGAAGCUCGAGACGGCGUGGAUCCGGCACGGCUUGUUUGACGCGGUCGAGGCCAACGAAGCCGUGUUGCGCUCGCAUGUCGAGACGAAAGGCCAAGAGGGCAUGACGUUGCAUUUCGUCCAUUGUACGCGCAUUCCUUUGGACUAUGUUGCGAUGGCCAACUUGACAUGGGAGCACAUGACGACCAAAUUGCGCUCGAAACGCAGUGAGGUCCUCGAGGCCUACCAUCCCGACCUCGUUUACGUCAAACACUUUGGGGACCUCCCCGACCCGACCAUGCCGACACUCGAAGCGCGUGUGGUCUACCGCCGAUGGAUCCAACCCGACCGCGUCAUUAUCGCGUGGUGCACGAUCCUUGACGACAAGCUGCUGCCGCAUUCCCGCGGCAACCUGGUCGAGAACCGUUUCGGAUGGUCGGUCACGCACCGCAAGUCGACCGACGAGAGCAUGCUGGCGGUCUACGGCACCAUGACGACGCCAAGUAUGCACGUGGACGACGCGUCGGCGCAGCCCGCCGUCGGCACGCUCACCGAGCUCCUCUUGCAAAUGUCCAAGGAAAAUGGCGAAAAAUUCGGAUCCCGCAUCCGCGAUGCCAUCCUUGCAUACAAGUCGUCACAAAACGCGCUGACAAAAUAA